AACGCGCUUCUCCCCUCUCCCGCCAAUUCAUUCCCUUCAACUCAAACUCCUCUUCUUCUUCUUCCUCCCAUCGAUCUCUCUCCUUCGCGAUCAACUCGAGCUCGAACUCGUCUCGUGGUAGUAGCGAGCAUGGAGGAGGCGGCGGCGGAGGUGCCGUCCUACUUCCUGUGCCCGAUCUCGCUGGAGAUCAUGAGGGACCCGGUGACGCUGGCGACGGGGAUCACCUACGACCGGAGCAGCAUCGAGCGGUGGAUGUUCGGCGGCGGCGGCGGCGACGGGGGGAAGGGGACGUGCCCGGUGACGCGGCGGCAGCUGGCGCCGGCGGAGCGGGAGGCGACGCCCAACCACACGCUGCGGCGGCUCAUCCAGGCGUGGUGCGCCGCGCACGCCGUCGAGAGGUUCCCCACCCCGCGCCCGCCCGUCGACUCCUGCCGCGUCGCCGCGCUCGUCGACGAGGGGACGACGACGAUGCUCGGCGGCGGCGGCAGGCAGCGGCAGCUCGCCGCGCUCCGGGAGAUCAAGGCCAUCGCCGCCGAGAGCGACCGCAACAAGCGCUGCGUCGAGGCCACGCCCGGCGCCGUCGAGUUCCUCGUCUCCGUCGUCGUCCAGAGCCAUGCCGCCGCCUCCACCUCAGCCAGCUCGGACGACGACGACCUGUUCGACUCGGUGAUCGAUUCCCCCAUGUCGACGAGCUCGCCGGAGGAGGAGGCCCUGGGCGUGCUCUACUCCCUCAAGCCGUCCGAGCCCACCCUGCGCCGCGUCCUCGGCAAGGACAAUGGCGUCGGCUUCCUCGACACCCUCGCCUCCGUGCUCCGCCGCCCGAGCUACCGUUCGCGCGCGUAUGCCAUCCUCCUCCUGAAGGCGGUGACGUCGGCGAUGCCGCCGGAGCGGCUGAUGGCGGUGAGCCCCGAGCUGGUGGAGGAGGUGGUCCGGGUGGUGUCCGACGGCGUGUCGUCGAAGGCGGUGAAGGCGGCGCUGCACGUGCUGUGCCGGCUGUGCCCGUGGGGGCGGAACCGCGUGAAGGCGGUGGAGGCCGGCGCGGUGGCGGCGCUGGUGGAGCUCCUCCUCGACGAGGAGGGCGGCGGCGGGCGGCGGCGCGCGGCGGAGCUGGCGGUGGUGGCGAUCGACCACCUGUGCGGGUGCGCGGAGGGGAGGUCGGAGCUGGUGGCGCACCCGGCGGGGCUCGCCGUGGUGUCCAAGAGGGCGAUGCGGGUGUCGCCGGCGGCCACCGAGAGCGCCGUGCGCGCGCUCCACGCCGUCGCGAGGAACGCGGCGACGCCGGCCGUGCUGCAGGAGAUGCUCGCCGUCGGCGUGGUGGCGAAGCUGCUGCUGGUGCUGCAGGCGGACGGCGGCGAGCGCGCCAGGGCGAGGGCGAGGGAGAUGCUCAGGGCGAACGCUAGGGUUUGGAAGGACUCGCCAUGCUUGCAAGCUCACCUUAAGGCUUCUUACCCCUCCUGAUCAUUUCAUCACCAUCACAUCCAUCCACCGAUCUAUUAAUUAUUAUUAAUUGCUAAGAGGAGCACAUGCUUUAAUUUGCACUCCUCUUAGUAGUUAAUUAGAUUUUGUGAUUACUUUUAGUUCUUUAAUUUGUUUAUGAUCUGAAUGUACAAAAUACACUGUAAAUCUUUCAUUAAUUCUGUACAAAAAUACACUAUAAAUCUUUCAUUGCCUAGAUUACAUGUAUCAAAUUAAUGUGCUCACCAAAGGGAAAAAAUAAUUGUUGAUUUAUUUGUAAUAGGUCACGCUGUUCCUGCUCAAAUGAAGUGUUUAAUUAAUUUGAUGUUAUGUCGGUCA